AUGGUAUUCAAGGAUAUCCUCCAUGAUCUGAAUCGAGCUUCGUGUCAUUUCAGGGUCACGGGUGAUGUUGUUGAUACGAAACCGACGAUCGGUAGCAAUGUCGAAGAGGUUUGCUACCGUAAUUUACGGCUGAUUAUGUGGGAUAUCGGUGGACAGGAAAGCUUGAGAAGUUCCUGGUCAUCUUACUACUCGCACACUAACGUAAUGGUCGUAGUGGUUGAUAGUACCGACGCACCUCGGUUACCUUUACUGAAGCAACUUCUCUACGAAAUGUUAGAGCACGAGGACCUAGCCAAAGCGUCUUUGUUGGUGUUAGCUAAUAAACAGGAUAAAGCGAACGCCAUGUCAGCAGCUGAGAUAUCCAGUGAUUUGGGGCUGUUAUCAAUGAAAGAUCGAAAAUGGCAAAUUCACGGCUGUUCUGCCAUCAAAGGCGAAGGGCUCAAUACCGCAUUGGAUUGGAUUGCUCAUAAUAUUACUUGA